CGUAAACGGGUUAGGGCAAUUGACUGUACUAUAACGGCUUCAAUACCCGUUUCCAACAGUUCACUUCAUUCAUAAAUUUCCCUCCAAUCGGACCUUCGCUAGUCGUUCAGUCUCCGGCGAAAAUGGAAGCCAAUGUUCCCCAGUUUAAGCUAAUUUUGGGUUCAUCCUCUACUGCACGUAGAAAAAUUUUGGCCGACAUGGGAUACCAGUUCACAACCAUGUCUGCAGAUAUAGAUGAGAAAGCUAUCCGGAAAGAAAAGCCCGAAGAUUUAGUUAUGGCUCUUGCAGAGGCCAAGGCUGAUGCUAUCAUAUCAAAAUUUCGAAAUACUGAAAACCUAGAGAAGGAUUCCAAUCCAACACUUUUGGUUGCAGCUGACACAGCAGAAGCCAUCAUACCAAGGGUUUCCAUUGGUGAAUCCGAAGGGGAUGCCGAGCCAACACUUCUAAUUACCUGUGACCAAGUGGUGGUCUAUGAAGGUAUGGUCAGGGAAAAACCAUCCAGUGAAGCAGAAGCACGACAGUUCAUGAAAGAUUACGCUAAUGGACAUGCAGCAACCGUUAGUUCUGUUCUUGUUACAAACCUGGUAACAGGAUGCAGAAGAGGAGAAUGGGACAAAGUAGAGAUCUAUUUCCAUGACAUACCAGAUCAAGUUAUAGAUAAGCUGAUUGAGGAAGGGAUAGUUCUUUAUGCAGCUGGUGGCUUGAUAAUUGAACAUCCUCUUAUUUUGCCUUGUAUUAAGGAAGUGGUUGGUUCAACUGAUAGCGUGAUGGGUCUCCCAAAAGCUCUCACUGAACGACUUAUAAAGGAGGUUCUCUAAUAUGACUUGAAUUUUUCUGGGCGUGGUCCUACCUCAUUAGUCGACCCUAACUUGUUUACGACUAAGAUAUAGUCGUUUUCCGUUGGUCCGACCUCAUUCCUAUUUAUGACAUAGUGACAUCAUGAAUUUGAGUUCUAUGUCAGUGAUCUCUAAGAUGUAAUCCAAAUGUUUACUCAAAGAUCAUAAAUGAUAUUUCAUGUACUAGAUGUGUCCUAUGCUUAUCAGCUAGUAAUGGGCAUCUAAUGACUUUUAUUUUGUUGUACUUUAAGAUAUCCUCUCAGUUUACAUCUCA